AUGGAAAGCCUCGAGGAGCGUCUGAGGAGCCUGGAGCAGCUCAUCAAAACUUCUGUUGCGGCACGGAUGCCAGAGACCACGCAAGAACGACCCGGCGCCCUGACGCCGUCGUCAAUUCCCUCCACAGCAUCCUCUGUCGAGCAAAAUUUGUUCGCAUCGGAUGCGCUACAGCCUGACAUCUCAUUGAGUAACAUCAGGAGCAACAGUGGCACUUCACCGACGCUAUUACAAGAUCUCCACCUGGAUCCAUCGGGGACAUCAGAUCCCGACUUUCCGCCUUCGACAGACGAGUCUCAAGGCUGGGCCACGCCGGAAGCGACCAUGUUCUAUGGCCUCACUGCUCCUGCGCUGGCGACGACGGACGCUGAAAUGAUGCCUCAAACCCGGUACAAUGGCCCGAAGAGAUGCUCGUUACCGCCAGUUCAAGGAGGCAUGUUCCUGCUUCAGGAGUUCUUGGUCGACUUCAAUACGGCCAUUCCUAUCUUCGAUGCGUCUGUUAUCACCUCGCUCUUCCAGAGAUCCUACGACAAUAUGGCUGCAGGCGUAGCGAUCGAAUGGGUCGCACUGAAGGUUGUUCUGGCUAUUGCCCACCGCCUGCGGUCCAUGAGCCCCAUGGGUGUACCGCAAGACGCAGAGAAUGCCAGCAUAUAUCUACAAGAAUCGCUGGAGGUGGUCCCGGAAUUGCUCAUGCUGCGUCCUUCGCCGCUUCUGGCCCAGUGCUUUCUAGGUAUGGCGUCCGUCAUUUCGACUUCCUCACGCCCUUACCCAGCACAGGUCUUUGUGAGCCUGGCCCUACGUGUCAUUCAAGAUCUGCACGUCAACGAUCCCAGGAGACCCGGGUUAAUAGACACCCCCGAGUUGCUCCAGCAGCAACGUGUGUUCUGGGUGGCGUUCUUUAUGGAUACAGAUAUGGCUGUGAGAGCUGGGCGGCUACCCGGCCUGAGUCCAAGACUCAUAAAUGUGCCACUACCGAGCGACGAGGACCCCGCUGGAGAGAUUGCUGCCGAGGGCGGGCAAUUCAAAGCCAAUGUGUUCCGCUUGCACGUGGAGCUGGCUCUACUGCAGGCCGAAUUUAUGGAACAAGUAUUGCUGCCCCCGGGCGGUCGAAGUUCUGAAAGUCUCGAAGACGCAGAGCUGCGGUCCAUCAAUGCCAGGCUGGAGGACUGGCGACGGAACUGGCUGUUCGAACUUGAUGCACAAGAUCUUCGUACGGCUUUGCACCGAUCGGACCUGGUCCACGUGGUUUUGUUGGAGUCGACCUAUUUCUCAACAGCCUACGCCUUCCGCGCUUAUAUUGCACCCGCUGCGAGGACGUGCCACAAUCUCUUCUCUGCUGAGGGGUUGAUGGAGAGAAUGACGAAGCAGAAGGUGCAGAUCCUGUACAAGGACGCGCGAAGGUUUAUCGACCUCCUCGGAUUGAUACCGGGGGGUGAUAUCGCAAGCAACUGGUUAUCGCUAGAAACAAUCGUUUCGGCCUUGGUUGUCGUUCUGGCACAUAUUAUAUUCAACCCGACCGAUGAAAGCUCGGUACUGGACCUGGGCGUGGGGCGGCACAUGUUGCAGAUUUUGCAAGAGUUAAGCAACAUUAGCAAGGACGACAGCCUGCUGGCAGUGCAACGUCUCUGUGUUAAUUUGUAUCGGAGAGCGGAACGAACGCUGCAGGGUGAGAAUCCCAUACGGCGCUAG